AUGCAAUCAGUGCUGGUUAAGCAGCAUGUGUUAGAUGCUCUAAGCAUUAUUGAAAAGAAGCAAAAAGCAGAAGAGAAGGAAUUCAAGAAAAAGCAAAGGGGUCACGGCCAGAAUAGGAGGUCAUACAGUUCAUCGAGUGAUAGUAGUGAAGAGGAGAGCUCGUCAUCUGAAGAAGAGGAGGAUAGUGAUGAUUCAGAAGCUGAACUCUCUGAUGAUGAUCCCAAAAAUAAACAGCAUAUUCGCAAUAAGCAUACACCAGGAAAAGAGGAUUAUCUGAAAUUCGAUGAUUAUGAAUUAGAGGAAAGAAAGGAUAAAAGUUUGAGCAAUAUGGAUGAUAGCGGCAACAUGGCCUAGAAUGGCGUAAGCAAUGAUGAUGACGACCUUUUACUUGAUAACUUUUUAAUCAAAGUCAAUGAAGGUGGUGAUAAUCCAGAUUAGCAAGAUGAAAUAAACCUUAUAAGAGCAUAGAAAGCGUCUCAAAUUUCAAUAAUGCAAAUGCAAGAAGACUUCGCGAUAAAGAAGUCAAUGCAGGAAUAUGAACUCUAGGUGAAAAAGUAAGAAGAUGAGAAAAAGCGAGAAUAGGAAAAGUAGGCACUAGAGGCCAGGAGGCUGCAAGAGAAGUUUGAAGAGGAGGAGAGAAUCAGAUAGGAAAAAUAAAGAGAAUUCUAGUUAAUUUAGACUAAUAAGAGCAAAGCUGCUAAGAUUUAAGAGUAGCAGGUCAAAUAAGAAUAAGCGAUGCAAAUAAUCAAGUCUGAGAUGAGCACGCAAAAGGAGAGUCUUUAAGAAAGACUAAAGGCGAGGAAAUAAAACCGUUAAAUUAAGAAAAACGAAGAUAGCGGUAGUAAUGCUGUAUCCCCAGACUAAUUAACAAAUUUAGGUUAAGGAUAGACUUCGCCUAUUAACAAGCAGGGAAGUGGAAACGAUCUGUCAAAUUUAAGCAACGAUGAUUUGGAUGAUAACAUGAUUCUUAAGAAUCUUGAGUGUGACAUUGAUAGAGACCCAGAUCAACAGGAUGAAAUGGGAGAUGAUGACGAUGAUACUGAGAUGGCCGAAGCUUUAGCCGAGAUAGAAAAAAAGAAGGAGGAGAUUAUGGAAGAAUUUUAUGAGGUUGCCUUUACCAAAAAGCACGAAGCAGUUGAAGAGGUUAAAGCAGACUGCAAAAAGAAUAAAACCCCUAAGGACUAGGAAAAGAAGCGAGUGCAGGAAACUCAGUAAUUAAUGGACUAAAAGAGAAAGAACGGUGUGAACGAGAUUAAUAAGCUAAUUAACAUUAUCAUUCAGGAUGAGAACUCCAGCAUGAAUGAGAAACUGGCAAGGCUGCAGGAUAUGGAACAAAUUAGGGCACUAAUGAAUAGCUACUUUGAUAAACAAGAGGAAUCAAUAGAGGAAUAGAAAGAGAAUCAGGGUGGUCAGGCUUUUCAGAGCAAAAUACUUAAGAAAAAGUGGCAAGCCCAUGAAUUUGAACUGCACAAGUAAAAGAUCUAGACCGUAAAGGCCUAAACUGAUACAACUCGGCCAAAUAGCUUGAAGUUCCCACUUUUAAAGUCAAAGAAACGCCAGUUAUAAGAAGACAAACUGACAGAAAUAGAGAGAGCUAAUAGGAUACUUCUGGAGAAGAUGACCUUGAUCAUGAAUAGUGAAGAGAGUUUUUCAGUUCCAAGAGCUACCAGGGUAAAUUAGACAAUCUCUGGAAUAAACAAUACAAGCAGAGAAAGCAGUGAAAACGAUAGAAAACUAGACAAUAGCGUAUCAAAGCGUAGUCUUAAUUAGAGAUUUAGGAAGAGACAUCUAUCUAAGAUUAAUUAGGAAAAUACUUAGGCUAAUCGCAAACGUGAGGAAAUACUAAGACUUAGAACUGAGUACCCUGAUUAGCUUGAUGCUAGAAAAUCGUAGAAGAAACUUUCAACAGUCAAAUCAAGGCAAAGUGUAUUCCAGAAGGCGCUCUAAUUUAGGAAUCAGCAUUAUAUUCUGCCAAAUCAACUAAACUAGAAUCCCUCUUAUAUGGAAUUUCAUUCAAGAAAAGAAGUAAUCACUUCAGGUGGUGAAUUAAUCACCCAGCCUCCAGUUGAUAUAGUUACUGAUGAUGAAAUGGAGGAGCUGAUCAAAGAGGUCAGGAGUGCCGAAAAGGGAGAUAGAGGUAAGAAAGCCAAAGAUCAGGAAUUUAUGGGCCAGCAAGAUGACACAGCUUUUGGCUCAAUAGAUGAUAACGUACGAAAUCUUAACAGUGAUUUGUAAAACCCUAAUUUUGGACAGUAAAGGAUGCAAUAACAGAAAAGUAUUCCAAAGUUACACCAAACUGUGAGUUACUUUCACAGCAAGCAGCAAAGCAAUGAUUACACUUAAGAGAAUGGUUAGCAAAGAGCUAGUAAUAUGAAUCUUAGCAAUCAAUAUUAGGUGUAGGAAUCUUAGCAUCACCCACAGGCAUCUCUUUAGCUGUAGACUCAAUAUCAAUCAUAUAUGGUCAGACAAGAUUCAGUUGAGCAAGCAAAUGCGAUGCAUGUCCAGACUAUCAGACCACUAUAUCUGAAAUAUCAUUAGGAUAUUGAUCCCGAGAGAAUUGUAUUGUACAGAGAAGAUUUCAGAGAGAUACUUCCUCAUGAAAUAAAUACAAAGAAGGUAUACAAGCCUAAGUUUUACAUAGUAGAAGUUUCAAGAUCAAGAUACAAGUUGUACCUCAUUGCGGUGAAGAUACCAGAAAAAUACUUGGAUUAAGUCAUUCAAGGCAAGUUGGUGUAUCAUCUGGCAUAGAGUCCUAAGUGCAAGGCAUUUUACACGGAGAUGACUGAGAAAUAAGGCAAAAAGCUGUUGGCAGAGUGUGAAAACAACUAUAAGUAGAUUCUUGACAGAGUAUUUGUGUAGUUUGGCCGUUUGCAUAUCAGAGACUUUGAAAACCUAAUGAAGUUUGGCAGUACUAUUCUACAGAACACUUAGUUUGGAUUCAACUCAUUGCAACAGAGCUCUUCAAGAGUGCUAAACAAUUCGAUCUAUCCUGGGCAGGUUAACCAGCAUUAACACUUAUAAUCUUAAUCAGGCCAUUAGAAUCUUCCCUUCAGUAGCAUUCAGUAGACCAAACAUGCACAUAGAUUUAAUUAAGAUAAUGAGUAUUAAGAAAGCAGUGGUGGUUAGAAAUUUAUAUCGAAUCAUAAAAACUAUCAAAUGAGUCCACAGUAGCCAGUUUCCAAGAAUCAGGAACUUCCAUCUUACGUCCCUACAGCAAGGAGAUAUCAAAAUGCUUCAAUUACCAGUAAGGGAAGAAAAAGCAUGAACGACGAAUCAUACCCCAGGGAUAACUAACUGCUAAUGAGCAUAAACUCCACAAGUUAGCAGAAUAAUGUUUCUAAGAAAUAAUUGCAAUAGCAACAACCUCGCACCAGAAAAAGCCAGCACUUCCCCUCAAUUUCUUAAUACAAAAAGGAGAACUCACUUAAUAAUAGUGCGCAGGGAGUACCUGGUAACUGGGACAUUAUCAAGUCACCCUUUGCCUAGCACUAUGAGAAUGACAACGAAGCUAAAGGCUAAGGAAUGGAUCACAAGCAAACCAGUAGGAAUAAUGAGAACUCAAAAAAUAAUGGAGGUGCAGAGAAAAACUAAGAAAUAAACUAAUUUAUUGAGACUUACAUUGACUACGGUAAAUAGAAAAAGCGUUUUUGA